AUGCCACCUGUGGAGCCGGCGGCGGCCGAGCGACCGCAGCCGGGCCAGCGGCAUUGGCUCGUGCUCGGCAGCCAAUUCCUGCGACACGUCGUGCAACACAUUCCAGACGCGAAUGGCGAGACGCCCAACACGCACGACGGCGCAGCGACUCGUAGCUGCCGCCUCGAGACGGUCACCGAGACUCUGUUGACCGAGAUUGAGACGAUCGAGACGGCGCGUCUCGAGGCGCCGCACGACGCGUCAGUCGGGCCGGUCGAGACGCGGCACGAAGCAGCGCCUCUUUUGCAGAACUUGGCGCUUGGCGUCGGGCAGAUGCGCCAUCGCGCAGCCCGAGCCGACACCUCCAACGUGGUCGUCUUGACGAUGGGCUCGAGAAAUAGGCACACCUUCUUGACGGACAUG